UUAUUUUAAUGAUUCUUCCACUUUAGACUUUCAUUCUUUAUAUAUAAAAUAUCAUUUUUCUCUGCUUUUGUUGGCUUAAUCCAUUUAAAUACAACUUCUAUUUUUGAGUUCGUUUACCUCAUCUAUAGUAUAAAAGCUCUCUAGAUUGUGACUGAAACUGGGCUCUUAUCAUAGAGAGAUGAGAAUUUUCAAAUUCAUGUUGAUUUGAAGUUUAAACUAACAUCUAACUAUAAAAAGUUUAACAUGUUUUUACCCAAAUAUAUUGUGGUUUCAUAGUUUCUGAUAUUGGAAAAGAAUUGCAAGUCUUUGGGCCAAUCAUACUCAAUUCAAUUAUGCAGUAUGCUUAUAAUUAAGAACUUUUAGAACAUUUACACAUUACUUAGCAAUUUCUUAUGUUUGGGGGGCUAUAGAGACAUUAUUGUUGGUUGCUAAACUUGAUAAUGAAGCCUACAUGUUUAAUGAUUUAGUCUUCAUUAUGUAGGCACUUAACAAAGGUUGUUAUAACUUAAUUAACUUGAUUGCUUCUUUAAAAUUUAUUAACUGAUGUUAUAAGCUAAAGUUUUAUAUUGCCUUGUCUAGUACCUGGUGUGAGUAGUUUUGCCCCAGAAAGGACCAAAAUGAGUCCUCCAUUAAGGAGAAGAUGAGAUGGUGGGUUAACUGGGAGAAUUCAAAUUCCGGGUUUGUUUGAAUCUUUCGAUUUAUAGUGUUAGCUAAUGUGUUAUCAAGUGCUAAAGGAAGCUUCAGUUUUGAUUGUGAAUAUUGCAUAUUUGUAGAUAGAAAUGUGAUUGAUCAUUGUAGUCCUAUGUUAGUGCUAGUUUAUGUCGACAAAUAAAGUUGCAUUUACUAGUACCCGUCUGUUUCGGAUUAGGAAACGUGUAAGUUGGAACGAGGCUAAUCUCAGGGAAAUCGAGGCAAACAAACAAGAAACGAAAAAAAUUGAUGAACCUAAAACACCUUACCCUUCAACGAUUGAAGAAGAUGGUUCUUCUGUUAAAAGCAUCGACUUUGCUGCACAUGCUGAAGCCUUAAAAAAUGCCUUGAACAAACUAGCUUUCACUGAAGAGCACAAUAGCCCGUUUGGGGAAACCUGCCAAGACGAAGAUCAAGGCUUAGCAAAACAGAAGGAUACUGUGAGCUUUGAGGGGAGGAGGAGAGCACAUUACGACGAGUUCAACAAAGUGAAAGAAGUACAAGAAAAGGGCUGCUCUCUCGACGAUGAGCUUGAUAACAGUAUAUAUGUUUCUGGUUCGGGUUCAACCCUCGACAUCGAUUCAAUAGAAAUUGAUAUCGAGGAUGAUGAUGAAAUUCUGCAAAUAAUUGACAUAGAGGAAACUGAUGAUCUGAGUUUCCCUCAAUACUCACAUUUUGGUGAAGUAGAAAAGUCUUGUUUAGGCAAUCAUUGAUGAUCUAGCAAUCAUUGAUUAAAAAAAGAAGAAGAAGAAGCCAGUUUGUUUAGGGAUUUUCAUGUAACAACGUACAUUUAAACAUGAAUAGGGCAUGUUUAUGUUAUGUUAAUCGAUUUUAUAAAGUGUUUGAACCGUUGUAUAAA